AUGGGGAACGAACAUAGUUUGCGCACGGCUUCGCAUAGCCACUUCGACACUGACAACGACGCAUUAGUGGACGGAGACGACAUGCGGAGGUUUUCGUCGCCCUCGAUUCACGGCCAAGCCUCCCCGGCAUUUCCGCAGAAGCUCGGCUCCGUAACUGCAUGCAGCGGCCCCAGCCAGGGAGGCCAUGGCUGGUCGCGGAAGAGAGCGCAAGGCAUCAAACUGCUACCGCUCUCGGAAUCCCUGCCGCUCGCAAAGAGGCUACAGGCGGAGAGACUGAGAGACGGAGAUGCAGGAUUCGACGGUCUGCGUGUCAGUGGGAUAAAGAGCGAGAAUGUCCCCAAAAACUUUGCCGUGGAACUGCGGAAAGCAAUCAAGUGGCGGCGAGCGACUGUCACGGACCUCCUUCGCCGAAACCCUCAAGUCACUAACAGCGGAUUGUUGUUUUCGGGCGAUUCGGAGUGUUUGGCGGUGAUGAGCGAAGUCGUCCGUCGCCGAGGCGCUUCCCUGCUGUCGGCAUUUUUUGAGGGCAGUGCAUGCGCGCCCGAACAGAUCUGGCCGAGCAACGCUCCGGACGCCUUGGGACCGCCGCUGGCGCGUCUGUUUUCUCCGCAGAUCUUGGGCGACGCGUCGAAAGGCACUUCCCACUGCAGCGACGAACUGCUUCAGGCGGCGACUUGGUCUUCCCCCUCCUCUCCGGUUCAGCGCCUGGCAGCCUCUCCGCGCUGCUCGGGGGAUGGGACCUCGGCGUCUUCGCACUCUGCCGCCGCAGGCCCGAGCCAGUACACGUAUUUGUACCUUCCUGCGCCUCCGGACCAGAAAGGCGCGAACGAGCGGUCGAUGGCUCUGCGCGAUAAUCCGGGGGGUCUCCAGGAGAAGGGCCGUUUCCUCACCUCGUCUUGGUCUGUCUUAAGCAAACACGGCUCAGCCUGGUAUGAAGCGAAGCAGCCGCCGCGGGAGAGUCAAGAGGGCAAGCGCGUCCUCCGAGCGCUCGCUCAACAGCGGGCGCUCAGGCUCGGCGACGUCAUUCUGCUGGAAGGAGACUCCCGGUGCAUCGCCACGAUGCUGGAACACGUCAGCCGGCCGAGCCUCUUCCUCGUAGCCGCUGCGGCCGCUGCGGGCGCUGAAGCCGUCGAAACUCUCCUUAGGAAAGGCGCCAAUCCAAACAGAGUCGUGCACGGUCUGAGCCCGCUCAACGUGGCAGCGUCUUCCCUCCAGGCAGCACACAAGAAGGUUGAGCUUCUGCUGCGCUACGGCGCCGCUCCCGACAGUCCGCUUGUCCCCGUCGCCGCGCAUGCAGCCCCUGCGCGGGUGACGUACGCGCUGUCGGCGCCUGACCGACCGGUCCCCACAGUCGCAGAUUCCGAGGAUGUGCCCGCGCUGAUGCAUGCAGUCAUCACUGGAGAUCUCAGACUGGCAGAGCUCCUUCUCCAGCAAGGCGCCGAUCCGAACAUCUUCGUGGAGGCACUGGGUCUGCCAACCCCGCUCUUCCAGGCUGUCUUUUGGGGAGAUUUGAAAAUGGUCCAGCUGCUCUGUGCGUACGGAGCAGACCCAUACAUUGCGAAGCAGAACGGAGAGACUGUGUUUCAGACAGCCAGUCGGGCACUGAAAUUCGCCUUGCUCCGGAAGCCGAAACACAUCGCGCAGCUGCCCCUCCCUCGGACUUCGCCGGCACGCUGUCGACAGGUCCAACGCGCCCUCGACGACUGCUGCGCCGCGCGAGCGACUGCACGCACCGCGGCGAGUGUCUCCGCGGUCGGCCCCUCGGAAACACUUGGUCUGCAGGCGCGCCGAGCGGGCUUUCGCGCCACGUGGGAGAGUCGCGUGCUGGCCCCCGCGAGGCGCGAAGACGCGAGGGGCGACGCAAAAAUCGAGCUCGAAGUGGAGACUGCCACGGAGGCAACAACCUCGUCGGAACGACCGCUCGACGAUCCCAGGGAGAACCACGCCCUCGUGCAUGCAGGGACAUUGUUUUUGGAAUUCGAAUUCGCAGGUGUCCAAGUGCUGCCGAAGCGCAUGCAGUCCUCGGUCGAAUCAGCCCACCGACCUCAGGCAGCCUCCCCGGCCUCCACCGCGCCGACGCCGCCCCGAAGUUUUCUGGCACGGGGCAUGCGCCUGUCGUCAUCGGUUUGUGGCGAGGAAAAGGUGGGAAGCAGGGCGGCGGACAACCGAAUCUCAGAGGCCGCUCACCCAGGUAACGAGGCGCAAGCACAUGUCCCUGGGAACUUCGCGACUCGUCCUCGCCGGCAGAAGGUUGGACCUGACAAGCCUGCACCGGCGAAGAAGGCGACUGCGGCGAGGAAGGACCGCGGUGCGGCCUCGAGUUUCUCUUUCGAAAGUGCAACGAAACCCAAAGAGAAAACGGAACAGAGUGGCCGCAAAAGCUCAGACCGCUCUCAAAUGCCAACCACUGCGAUGCUCUUGGGAAAGGGUCUCUCUCUGUCCUUCAGUCUUCGAGAUGACGGAUCGUUCCUCGUCGAGCAAAUCGACUAG